UGCGCUGCUCGCUACAGACUGGACGAACAGCUGAGUGAUGUAAGGUGUGUUUUUUCUCCAUGUAAACAAGCGACAACGACACUGAACUACCGACGGAGUUUGGCUUCACCUUGCGGAUGGUUAACUUAUCUGUGGGCUUCCUGUUGAACCGUAGCUGUUCUGGUUGUCAAAAAGGACUUAAAGAGCCGAGUUUCCUCGAAGCUAUCAUGCUGAACACAGAGGAAAGUUCUUGGUUAUCGGGGGCCUUGAAGCCCAGCUCUAUCCCUCAGGCUCCAGGGCCUCUGUGGUGCUCCGAUGCCCCUCACCCACAGCUGAAGAUCCCGGGUGGGCGAGGGACGGUCAGGGAUCACUCUCAUGCCGUGCUAAUACACAAGGAUGACAGGCUGACAGUGACGCAGGCCUCCCCGGUCGGCGGGAGACCCUCUCUUCUCCGCUUCCACUACCAGCUGACUGAGCGCCGCUCGGCCUUCUGGGACGCGGCGCUCUCGGGGGACAGCCUCUUCCUGGAGAUCCCAGCAGGUUCGCUGGCCGACGGGAGCAAAGAGGGGCUGACCACGCUGCUGGAGUUUGCCGAGGAGAAGCUGAAGGUUAACUACGUCUUCCUGUGGUUCCACAAAAACAGAGAGGAUCGACUGGUCAUCAUCAAGACGUUCCACUACAUGGGCUUCGAGAUGGUGAAGCCGGGCAACCCCAUGGUACCAGCCCGACCCGAUUUGGCCUUCAUGGCUUACUCUCUGGACAACAGCAGCUCGGAUGAAGAGUGACCGCCACCUCCCUCGCCCACCCCACAACCUCCCCCUCACCCCCAUACCCUCUCCCUGUCUUUAGCCUUCCCUCUGACAGCGCCGGGUGGAGGGGUCUCUGUGACGCCGCUGCUUUUCUCCCUGAAGACAUCCGCAGACUGGAUUAGCUGGGAGGGCUGCAGCUUGAACUAAGUCGUCACAUUUAAUUUGGCCUCUUUUCCUUCUCCUCCUCACUACUUCAGUCAUUUUCUCUCCACGGACGAAAGGAGGAAAUAAACGACUUGCUCCGAAGUUUCAGCAUAUCCACUCGUCUGACAGCUUCAGCCGUUUUUUUUGUUUUGUUUUUUUUUUCUCUAAGAGACUUCGGUGAGUCUUUGAGUGCUGUACACGAUGCGAGCUAUGAUGCUAGGGGGUUUAAAUGUGUAUGGUUGAUUUAUAAAUAUAUAUAUAUAUUUUUUUCUUUGCUUAAUAAUCUGUUACAUUGAACAUGUAAGCACACACUGGCGGUUCCUUUUGACUUUCUGCGAUAUGUCGAGGCAUCAUUCCAGCAAGGUGUCCCUGGCUCUGGCUUUUUGAAAACGUUUAUUCUAUUUUUUAUUUUUAUUUUUUUGCUACUUUUAAAAUUUCACAAAAGAUGCAAUCUUUUGUGAAAUCCCAUGUGAUCAUCGGGAUGAUCACACGAUGUAUUGAUCGUGUGAUGACCACACGAUGAUCAACAGGACAAACAUUAAAGCUUUACCGAUAUGGCAGGUGCCUAAAGAGGAGAGUGCAAUUUCUUCUUAUUAUUAUUAUAAACUAAUGAGUCUUAUUAAAAAGAAUGUAAAAUAUUCAGCCCGUGCAUAUUCAGACCUAUGUUUUAAGUAAGCUGUUCCUAUGAUCAUAUAUGCAAAUAUAGGGGGGACGGAAAAAAAAGCACUGUAGCAAACCCACCGAGAAUUUUUAUUAGAUUUUUUUCAUCAUUUUCUGUCUCAACUAAACACCAAAGAAUUGUCUGUCGAUGCUAACUAAAUACAAGCUAAUACUAACCUUGUGUUGUAUGUCGAGCAAAAUGGGCCUACAUUCCCCCCGCCUGCGCCUCACCUUCCCUUCUCAAACCGCUACUGAUUUGAGCCCUGACUGUAAGCUGUUACAGGUUAACACAUGAAGUGUACCAGAGGUUUAUUUUUUAUCAAUAUGAACAUUUUCUCUGGUGUGUUUUUUUUCUUUCUUUUUGUUAUUGUGCAGGGAUUUACCUUUCUAUUUUUGUUCUUAGUUAAACAGUUAGCAGCCGUUAAGUGACUAUCCACACUUCUCAGAUUUUUGUCUCUUGUGCGGAGGGUGUUUCAAUAAAGGUUGUUAACAAAG